UAUUGAAACAAUUUUGUUCCUUUUUCUCUAUAUCGAUGCUGAGACAAAAUAAAUCACAUCCCACUCAGCUUCAAUCAACUACACGCCGCUCUGACAGCACAACUUCUUGACAGACUCGAAAGUUCACAACAAACGACGUAAUUUCUCAGUACCAAAGAAACUAAAAAUCUCUACCCACGUACUGCUUCACCAUGGCUGCGGACUCAAUCGAGCUCUCUGUACCCCUCCCUCGCUCUCUUGACACCCGCAUCUACAUCCGCCUAUCCACCAAAGCAAAGUCCAUUGUGAUUUUCCUCACUACCGCAACACAAGAUGAGCUUUCUACACCUGUACCCCUAGGCUCGUUUGUCUAUGCUCUACCCAACAGACUUGACCAGGCGCAGCCGUUAUCUACGACUCUCUAUUCAUCAGAAAUAUCAGUAGAGUUUACAACACGGUUGGCGAAGCUACUGGCUCGCAAGUCGCAGCUACCGGUCUAUAUCACCAACUCGAUGAGCUUUGCUAAUGCUGGAAUGGGCGGCACAGUAGAAGAGGAGAUGGAGGCUUUCAAGACCAUUGUUCAGGUUAUCUCAGAAAAGCUACAGCUUUCGAGUGCCAAGACAGCCGAUGCCAUCGUUACACCCUUGGUGGGAAUGAAGAUCGGGAGUUCUUGAUGGCGUCUAUGAAAGGGAUUCUCACCGCAGGCACAGGACCGCACAGGAACAUGGUGCACCGCUUCGUUCAUGCCACAUAGUAACAGAGCUGUCAAGGCAGUUUUUGGGAGAAUUACAACAUGGACCACGCACAAUCCCGGAUGGAUCCGCAGUGGCACACACAAGCAAAUGGCUUGAGACAAAUGUUUGUCGCCUGGCGGAGAUGUGCGUGUGAUACCAAGACAUUCCACUGCCCCUUUGGUUUAGAGGGGCUUGGGAUGAGUGCUCGUCUGUUAGUGGACAUUGACAGAUAUUC